AGGUUUGGUGCGGGCGGCAAGGCGGGCUAAGGAGGCGCGGAGGGAGCGAAGCGGCCAGGGCGCUGCAGCCGGCGACGUCGUGGCCUCUGCCUCGGCCCUUGGAGCUCUCUUCGCGCCUGGUCUCUGCGCCCUGGGCGCACGGUGGAGAGGAACACGGCGCUGGCCGCCCGCCCGCCCGCCCGCCAUGGAGUCGGCCACUUCCACUGACACCGAGCUGCAGUCCCCGCUCCUCGCCACAGCUUCGGACGCCUUCCCCAGCGCCUUGCCCAGCGCUGGCACCAAUGCGUCGGGGCCGCCGGGCGCCCGCAGCGCCUCGUCCCUCGCCCUGGCUAUCGCCAUCACCGCGUUGUACUCAGCGGUGUGCGCCGUGGGGCUGCUGGGCAACGUGCUCGUCAUGUUCGGCAUCGUCCGGUACACUAAGAUGAAGACAGCCACCAACAUCUACAUCUUCAACCUGGCCUUGGCAGAUGCACUGGCCACCAGCACGCUGCCCUUCCAGAGCGCCAAGUACCUGAUGGAGACGUGGCCCUUUGGAGAGCUGCUCUGCAAGGCUGUGCUCUCCAUUGACUACUACAAUAUGUUCACGAGCAUCUUCACACUCACCAUGAUGAGUGUCGACCGCUACAUUGCCGUCUGCCACCCUGUCAAGGCCCUGGACUUCCGCACACCCGCCAAGGCCAAGCUGAUCAACAUCUGCAUCUGGGUCCUGGCCUCGGGCGUCGGUGUCCCCAUCAUGAUCAUGGCCGUGACCCGUCCCCGGGACGGGGCAGUGGUGUGCAUGCUCCAGUUCCCCAGCCCCAGCUGGUACUGGGACACGGUCACCAAGAUCUGCGUGUUCCUCUUCGCCUUCGUGGUGCCCAUCCUCAUCAUCACGGUGUGCUACGGCCUCAUGCUGCUGCGCCUGCGCAGUGUGCGCCUGCUCUCAGGCUCCAAGGAGAAGGACCGCAGUCUGCGGCGCAUCACGCGCAUGGUGCUGGUGGUGGUGGGUGCCUUCGUGGUGUGCUGGGCGCCCAUCCACAUCUUCGUCAUCGUCUGGACGCUGGUGGACAUCAACCGCCGCGACCCGCUCGUGGUGGCCGCGCUGCACCUGUGCAUCGCGCUCGGCUAUGCCAACAGCAGUCUCAACCCCCUGCUCUACGCCUUCCUCGACGAGAACUUCAAGCGCUGCUUCCGCCAGCUCUGCCGCUCGCCCUGCGGCCGCCCCGAGCCCGGCAGCUUCAGCCGCGCCCGCGAAGCGACGGUCCGCGAACGGGUCACCGCCUGCACCCCGUCCGAAGGUCCUGGCGGCGCUGCCGCCUGACCAGGCUCGGCUGGCCCACUGCGCACCCCUCUGGAGUGACCUGGCCGUCAGACCGAGUUCUAAUGGGGGUGGGGGCCGUGACGCGUAGUGGGGCAAAAGGAGGGGGGCAUAAGAGAGCCUCUAUUUUGGAAAACUUGUUGGGCUUGAGAUCAGGCGGGGGUCCAAGAGAUGGGGCCCCAGCUGUGGGUGGACCUCUGGGGCAGGGAGGAGGGCAAGACGGUGGGGCGGUGCCUUUGGCCCAAGUGGGGAAGGGCUCUGGGCUGGGGGGAGGGAGGAGGAGCUAGCGACUCCCAGGGAGUAGGACCAGUGAGUGGCUCUAGAACUGGUCGGAUAAACAGGGCCUCUACAGUAGGGCAGGGGCUCCACCUUGGGACAGCUUCAAGUUCGAACCCUGAGCCGGUCGUGUCAGUGGAGAUACCUACCUACUGAGGCCUGAAGAUUCCAGGCCCAGGCCCCGGGGGGCGGGCUGGGGGGUGGGGACGGGGGACAGUGG